UUCAGUUCGCUCGCGGACUUUCAAUAAGCCGGUUGUGCCGCUGGUUCGCUCGGUUCCCCAGCUCUUUCGCCUGGUUCGUUUGUUAUUGUUUGCGUGUGAAAGUAGCGGCGUGCUGCAGAGGAGAAUUGCAUAAAUUGGAAGCCAAAGCGCUUUUAUACCUGGUGAUUUUCGAAUUUUAUGUAUCGUACGGGUGUGCAAAACAUAUAUGUUUUCCAACGGAUGACGCACAAAUGCGUUUUGGCCAUGUCAAUGUCCUUAAUUUCGAAAGGCACGCCCACGCGACGCGAGUGCAGAUACAGAUUCGAAUCCAGCAGAUAAAGCUCUACAUAGCCGCAAUGGGAUUAGCCGAUUAAGAGCUGAGUGUAAAUGGAAAAAUUGUUUGUUUUAAGUAAAAUUUGUAGAACUUUUCCAAAAGAAAUAUUUCCAGUGCAAAUGACCGGCACCACAUAAUACAUAUAUCGUAUGGAUACCAGCGCACACGUGUCAAUAUCUGUCUGCACUCGCCUCCCUUUGCAUUUGCAUGCCAAUUUCAGAUACGAAUUCUGUUAUUUUUUCCGAAAUUAUGUGCGCAAAUCGAAAAGCUUUCUAAUCGCUUUUCCGCCGCCUGAGCGGAGCGUUUUUCCUCCUGAGCAUUGCAGUUUGGGUCUUGGCAGCGCCUUGACAUCGUCGCUUUUUAUAUUCGAUAUUUCCAAUCCGUGUAUACAUAUGAGUGUGUAUAUAUGAUGAAUACGUAGACGUGGAGGUGGGUGCCUGGUGCUUUUUAUUGUGACAAAUAUUUGGCCAGCUUUCCCACAUCGACAGAUUUUUACGUUGUGCGACUUUUCUUUUGGAAAAUGAGUAUACAAAUUUUCGCAUAUUUCUACAGUGAGAUAACGAAAAGAAAGAAAUUAAAAUUUAAUAUACUACAAAUGUGUAACUUUCAAUACAUGUGUUUGAAAACUAAAGCAAUUUGUGUAAAAUAAACUUAAUAAAAUUGUAUUAUGGCAUUGACCAUGAACAUGGUGUUCCUCAAGGAUUUACGUUCCCGCCUUAAAGGAUAUCUGCACGGCGAAUACAUAAAGCAUCCCGUUCUGUACGAACUCAGUCACAAGUAUGGUUUCACAGAGAAUCUGCCCGAGAGCUGUAUGUCCAUACGGCUGGAGGAGAUCAAGGAGGCGAUUCGGCGCGAGAUUCGCAAGGAGCUGAAGAUCAAGGAGGGCGCCGAGAAGCUCCGCGAGGUGGCCAAGGAUCGGCGAUCCCUCAGCGACGUGGCCGUUCUUGUCAAAAAGAGCCAAAGGAAGCUGGCCGAGCUGAAGUCAGAGUUGCAGGAGCUCGAGAGCCAAAUCCUUCUUACAUCGGCCAACACUGCCGUCAAUAGCAAUGGACAAGAAUCAAUUACUGCAUGCAUUGAUCCCAAUGGCGGAUUCGUGGUCAGCGGAGCGGUUGGCGGACUGGGCGGUGGCAAUACGGCUCUCGAGGGCGGCGGACCGGCCACGGCCAACGAUAAAGUGCUCGCCUCGCUGGAGAAGCAGCUGCAGAUCGAGAUGAAGGUGAAGACCGGAGCGGAGAACAUGAUCCAAUCGCUGGGCAUCGGAUGCGACAAGAAGCUGCUGGCGGAAGCCCACCAGAUGUUGGCCGACUCGAAGGCCAAGAUUGAGUUUUUGCGCCUGCGCAUCAUUAAGGUGAAACAAAACCGCGAGCAGGCCGAUCGCCUGAAGGCCUCGCGGCAGAUGCUCGACGAGCACGGCCAAAUGAUCGGCGGGAAUAACAGCAGCCAGCCGCAGAGCCUGGAGACGACGUUGGAGGAGCGGAUCGAGGAGCUGCGUCAUCGACUGCGGAUCGAGGCAGCCGUCGUCGAUGGAGCCAAAAAUGUUAUCCGCACGCUGCAGACGGCGAAUCGAGCACCGGACAAGAAGGCGCUGCAAGAGGCCCAUGGACGUUUGUCGGAGUCGUCGCGAAAACUUGAUCUCUUGCGGUACUCCCUGGAGCUGCGUCGCCAGGAGCUGCCCGUCGAUUCGCCCGCCGCCCAGGUAUUAAAAACGGAGCUGCAGAUCGUGCAGCAGUCGACGUCCCCAGCUCCCGUCACCUACACUUCACUGCAGACCGGUCAGGGAGGAUUACUAGGUGGAAAGCCCUACCAAUCGGUGUCCUCGCUGGGACGCUGCGCCAGUGUGACCGGGAAACUAGAGGUUCGCCUGCUGGGCUGCCAGGAUCUGCUGGAGGAUGUGCCGGGCAGGUCGCGAAGGGACAAGGACAACAACUCGAGCCCAGGCGAUCUGAGGAGCUUCGUCAAGGGCGUCACCUCGCGCAGCAGCUCGAAGAGCUAUUCGGUGAAGGACGAGACCUCCCUGGAGAUCAUGGCGGCCAUCAAGCUGGACAACAUUACCGUGGGCCAGACCUCGUGGAAGCCGUGUUCGCAGCAGGCCUGGGAUCAGCGCUUCUCCAUCGAUCUAGACCGCUCGCGUGAGCUGGAGAUUGGAGUUUACUGGCGCGACUGGCGGUCUCUGUGCGCCGUGAAGGUGUUGCGUCUGGAGGAGUUCAUCGACGAUGUGCGACACGGCAUGGCCCUGCAGUUGGAGCCGCAGGGCCUGCUGUUUGCGGAGGUCAAGUUCUUGAACCCCAUGAUUUCGCAAAAGCCCAAGCUGCGCCGCCAGCGCAUGAUCUUCAACAGGCAGCAGGCGAAGAACAUCUCGCGUGCCAAGCAGAUGAACAUCAAUGUGGCCACCUGGGGCCGUCUGCUCAAGCGGAAUGCUCCGAAUCACGUGCACUUGGGAUCUGUUGGCUCUGGAUCUGCAGUACCAAGUGCCUCUCCCAUGGCGGUUAGCGGGUCGCGGGACUCGGAGUCCCCCAUUUCGAGGACGCCCUCGUCCGAUGCGCUGGUUGAGCCGGAGCCAUAUACUCCGGGCGAACAGGCCCAGAAUCUGGAGUUCGACCCGGACGCCGGAAUGCACGAACACGUAGAGACACCGGGUGAAUACCCGGAUCCGGCGGCCAGUGGUCUGAGCGGAAUGCGUCCCCUGUCCAUGCACAUGCAGGGAAUCAGUGUCCUGCCACCGGAAUCGCCGCCCGUUGCCACAGCAGCCACUGGAAGGCCCAACACGCUCAGUUUACAGAUGCCGGGAGCCGGCAAGGGACAGGUGAUCCAGGGCGGUCGCACUGCAGCACCCACAACGGCGCCUCCACCACCACCCGUGCUCAAGUCAACGUCCACCACUCCGAUCCUGGACCAGGAGCUGCAGGAUGCCCUGCAAGAAUUCGAUUUCCUAUCGGACCUGGACUCGCGUCCUACCACGCUGCGUCGCCUGCUGAAGGAGCAGCACAUGUCGCUCGAUCCGAGUGCGCUGGAGAACCUGCUGCUGCAACAGCAGCAGUCCGAGCAGCAGGCGCUGCAGCAGCGCCAGCGCCAGGAGCAGCUGCGUCUGCAGCAGUUCCAGGAGGCGCAGCGUCAGGCGAUCCUGGAUCUGUGCGAGAAACAGAGAGAGCCAGCGGAGAAGCAGCAGCCACCCGCCUUUGUCCACCCAACGCCGCUUGCCAAUCAGAUCAUGCCAAACCAAUGCGCCCGCCCCAGCCAAAGCCAAAGCCCAAACCACAACCAAUUUCAGUUGCAGCAGUUGCAGCAGCAGCAGACACAACCCGCCCAAAAGACCACGAUUCCCGAACCCGUUUCCGCUGUGGAACAGCAGCUGCACCGUCCUGUCUUGAUCCUGCCACCAGUGGUGCUCCUCGGUGGGCGGGAGGAGGACCGGUCGGUGCCGCCAUCGCCACUAGUCGAGUAUCCCGAGGACGAUGACGAGUAUCUGUACCGGGGCAGCAGCGAAAACCUGGCCAACCGGCCACACUCCAGCCACAGUUCCAGUGCCGGCGAUCGUUUCUGUGUGGAGGCCCGUAUUAGUCUUGUACAUAUUACCCUCGAACCGGUCAAUGCCAGCCGGACGACCAGCUGCCUGAUCGAGGAGGUGGCCGAGCCGGACGUUCAGCCGGAGAUCAAGCCAGUGGCAGUCGAAGAGCAGUCUAGAAAAUUAUCCCUAGCUUGUGUCGAAAGCAUUCUCCUCGAGACAGUUGAAAAGUUAGAAACAGAAGACCAAGUCCCGCAGGUUAUACCACAGUUGGGCAAGCUCUUCGUGGGCGGCAACCAGCAGCAGUAUGUGCAGCAGUCGUCCCCCAUCAUCCAAGAGCCACCCACUCCGACUAUCUACGGGAACAGUGCGGCCGCUGGUGCUCCGCAAUUCCCGCAGCCCGCUCAGCGGCAGGAGAAGCAGCAGCCACCGCAGCAACAGCCCAUCUACGCCAACCAGUACGAGCUGAAUGUGGCCAAGGCGGCAGCGGCGGCGUCAGUUUACUCACCCAGCUCCUCCGCCAACAGCAACUCCAAUCAGCAGCAGCAGCAGCAGCGCAGGAAUGUGGCCCGAGGUCUCCAGUAUCGCGAAUCCGGUGGACUCGAAACAGGCAGAGUUGGAAAGCAGCCCGCCGGCAUGCUGUCGAUGGACAACUUCCGUUUGCUGAGCGUCCUGGGACGCGGGCACUUUGGCAAGGUUAUUCUGUCGCAGCUGAAGAGCAACAACCAGUACUACGCCAUCAAGGCGCUCAAGAAGGGCGAUAUUAUCGCUCGGGACGAGGUGGAGUCGCUGCUCAGCGAGAAGCGCAUCUUCGAGGUGGCCAACGCCAUGCGCCAUCCCUUCUUAGUCAACUUGUAUUCCUGCUUCCAGACUGAUCAACACGUUUGCUUUGUGAUGGAGUACGCCGCUGGCGGAGAUUUGAUGAUGCACAUCCACACGGACGUGUUUUUGGAGCCGAGAGCCGUGUUCUAUGCCGCAUGUGUGGUUCUAGGCCUCCAGUAUCUACACGAGAAUAAAAUAAUCUAUCGGGAUCUUAAGCUAGACAACCUGUUGUUGGACACGGAUGGUUAUGUGAAGAUUGCCGACUUUGGCCUGUGCAAGGAGGGCAUGGGCUUCGGCGAUCGCACUGGCACUUUCUGUGGCACGCCAGAGUUUCUGGCUCCCGAAGUGCUCACGGAAACAUCUUACACACGAGCUGUGGAUUGGUGGGGUUUGGGUGUGCUGAUUUUCGAGAUGUUGGUUGGUGAGUCUCCGUUCCCUGGUGACGAUGAGGAAGAGGUUUUUGAUUCAAUUGUCAACGAUGAGGUGCGCUAUCCGCGCUUCCUUUCACUCGAGGCCAUAGCCGUGAUGCGCAGGCUACUGCGCAAGAAUCCAGAGCGACGUUUGGGAUCUUCGGAGCGCGAUGCGGAGGAUGUUAAGAAACAGGCAUUCUUCCGUUCGAUUGUGUGGGAUGAUUUGCUCCUGCGCAAGGUCAAGCCACCAUUUGUACCGACCAUUAACCACCUGGAGGAUGUCUCCAACUUUGACGAAGAAUUCACGUCGGAAAAGGCGCAGUUGACGCCGCCGAAGGAGCCGCGACACCUGUCCGAGGACGAGCAAGUGCUUUUCCAGGACUUUUCAUACACGGCCGAAUGGUGUUAGGCACUCGUUGUUAGUUCAAGGGUUCACCAAUGGGCCUAGCCCGAUCGUUAUAGCCUUUGCCUUAUGCUUUUACUUGUGUACGUAGUUGGUUUCGAGUGAUUUUACUUGGUUCAGUCGAUGUCAGUUUAUUAUUUAUUCGUGAGACAUCAUCAUGAUCAUGCAGAUAAAGGACAUAUAUAUUUAUAAACAAUAUCUAUAUAGAAAAUAUAUCUAUUAAUGAGAAAACUGUUGAGUGUUGCUCACUGGCCGAGAGACCAACAUAAACCAAAUUACCUAGUUGUCCACUUUGUGGCAAAGCAAUCGCAUUUGUCAAUCAUCAAUCCAGCCAGAAUCCUCCCACAUUGUCGUAUCAUUGUACAGAAAACAGAGUUGUUUCCUUUUCCUGACACUAGAGCACAUUGAAUAGUCUGACAAAGCCCUAGGAAAGCCUUAACCGCAAAGUUGUAUUUUUGGACAUUUUUUGUAGGACCGGAUCUAAAUAGAUUUUAUAGAUGAGAUAUAUGUUUACACCCCAAAGCAACCAAUGCAACCUAUUUUCAUAGUCGAUAUACGGUUCUAGUGUUAGGAAAAAACUCGUAUAUUACAUUAAGAGAACCACAAACAGUAUCAGCCAAGGCAGUUACACAUGAUGAUAAGAUUAUUGUUUCCAGUAUCAAUGCUUUAGUGUGUCCUAAAUAACUUAUUCAACUAGGCAUACGUGAAGUCAAUAAUGGAUUGAAAGAGGAUAUAUGAAAAUUGUUUAACCGGAAAUUCACAAAUGAAGUGCAAACUUUAUGAAAGUGCGAUAAUGAGGAAACCUCUUGCAGUAGGAACUCAUCUUUAGGGCAUAUUUUUACAUAUUUUGUUAAAUCCAUCAUUGACUUUGCGAGUUCCAAGUUUACUAAAUUUUAUAAUUUACAACGAACUCUCUAAGGCAUUAUUUCUGGAAACAAUCAUCUUAGCAUCAUUAGUAAAAGGCUUGGUUGAAUCUGGUUUGUUUGCAUCAUUGGGCACCCAACGUUCGUCCAUUGCCUUCGCCACAUUAGCGCUGCGACCGGUUGGAUCGACGUUUUUGUCAUUUUCAUCGAUUAGCUGCUGCGGAUGAAGAUCAUCCAUGGCAACAAGCUUUCUCCCAUCUUCGACGGUCUUUUGACACGUCUCUUCCGCAUGACUUUCGCUCUUUUCGUUGCUGAACUGGACAUAACGUCAGAUCCGUUCAGGCUUUUGUAAAUAGGUAAUUAUUAUUAGUAUAGUAAAGUGAAAAAAAGUAAAAUAUUUACAACUUUAACAUGUAAGCUGUGUAAAUUGCCUUGCGCUUUUUAUCAACUCCCCAGCCCAUUGCCCGAGUUGUGUUAUAAUUUUAACAUAUUUUUUACGUCAUAUACAAAAGCGAACAUUUGUUAUUUAUUAUUAUUAUACCUACUAUACAAGAAACUGUAUUGCUUUGAGCAUUUUUAUUUGACGUUAGAUUGAUGAUUGUAAGCGAUUUGUUUGUAUGUGCGGUAUGCUUUAAACCAGAUAGGAGGAUCAAAACAAAAUACCGCUCGACGGAAUGUCUUGAAAAUCCGGUUGAUAGAUGGCGUACAAUCCGGAAUGCUUUUUUUUUAAGAUCUAUGCUAUAUUUAAUGUAACUUUUUAGUUGUAUUUAAGCUUGUAAUAAUCGAUUAUUGAAACGUAUUCUAAGCUACCAAUGUAUGAAAUAAUUAUUGAUAAUAACGAUUAUUAUAACGAUUAUGCACCCCUCAUGCGAAUCGAAACGAGUAUAAACAAUGCAGAUCUUCUAUUGUCAUUUUUAUUAUGAUUAUACCCACGUUUUGUUGCUAUAAUCGAUUUCAUUUUAAAUAUGUCAAAUCGAAUUGGUCAGCAUCCAGUCACUUUGUUUAGCUUCAAGUUGUGACUGUAAUUUAUAUUUAUGAUAUGAUUUUAAAUAAAUGUAUCUAUCGCUAUUA